AUGGGCAAUCAAAGCAAAACAGGGUGGGAGAGCCCUCAUACUAGUGAUUGGAACAGCUCAUCCAUAAACGGUAGAAACAAUCAACACAAAGAUGAUGAAAUCUUGGUGUCCGACGAGUCUGACUACGGCGGGGAAUCAUUGGGGAAAUUCGGAGAGGAAUACUUCACCAGCCUCGUAGACCAUGAGGCUAACGAGGGCUUGUUUGAUCCCUCAAGCAAUGUAGACAGCACACCUCUAGCAAACGAAAUUGAAUCACCAGUACCAGCAGCAGCCGAUGUCUUUGAAACGAAAGUAGAGGAAAUAUUGUUUGAUGUACACCAAUUGACACUGGGUAUAGAUCAGACAGUGACAAGUGUGGAUAUAUUAACUCCCAAAAGCAAGUGUUCAGAUACAUAUAUGUAUAAAGACAAGGAAUGCGCGCAUGGUAAUGUUUGCGGAUACACAAAAUGUACAAAUGUUAUAGAGCCAGUAGCAUCGACAGCUAAUGUAGAAGAAGUCGUCAAUGAAGGUCACAUAGUGGGUUCGGAAUCCGAGGGUACCACUAGUGAAGCGGAUUCUGCUAGUGGGGACAAAGGAGCCAAGGUAACAGGUGACAGUGAGAAAAGCAGGCUAAAUAAUAACAUAGCAAACAAAUUAUUGUGGAUUCCAAAGAGUUCUACUCCCAUAUAUAUGUCUAGAUCUGAGGAAUCCAAACGAAAGAUUGAGCUAGCGCGUAAGAAGGCCUCAAAGGGAACCAUUCCCAAUGAAUUCAAAAACAAAGUAUCCGCUUUGGCCAAGGACGGAGUUGCAGACAUAGAAUCAAUCAGAAUGAAAAUUGCAAAUAACGCCAAAGUAACUGCGGAGUCCAAAGCUGCCAUUGUUUCCAAAGAAAGGCAGCGAGUUGUAGAGGCCAGCAAAGCCAGGAAGGAAGCGAGGGAUAGGUACAUCAAGGAAGCCAGAAAACAUGUGGAUUCUAUUAAAACUGCCAGCAGCAUGGCAAAAAUCCUCAAAUGA